GCUGGUCCGUCAGCGAUAAGAGUCCGCCACACGUGUGUCCACAGCUUCAAUGUUUACGUGUGUUUGACUUAAUGUCUUUAAAAUCAACAUUAUUACAGCUUUUACAACGUUAUCAAUUUUGCGCGUACACACCUAUCUUCUUGAAAAAGACUGUCCCAUGCUCUACUGCCCCAGUGGUACUUCCAUAUACAUCUACUUCAAGAACGCUGAGAUUUACCGGGAAAGCAGACAGAAGAUACAUGCACGCGCCUGCAGCUAAGCGUCUUUGUAGUGAAAAAAUGACGGUGAAAAUUGGUACUCACAACGGCACAUUUCAUUGCGAUGAAGUGUUGGCAUGUUUCUUCCUCCGUCAGCUCCCGGAAUACAAGGAUGCUGAAAUCGUUCGGACCCGUGACCCAGCAGAGCUGGCCAAGUGCGAUGUUGUGGUGGAUGUCGGCGGGGAGUACGAGCCAAAGAAGCACCGCUACGAUCAUCACCAGAGGACCUUCACGGAGAGCUUCCACAGCGUGUGUCCCGAGAAGCCGUGGGUGACCAAGCUGAGCUCGGCCGGUCUGGUCUACCUGCAUUUUGGCCGGCAGGUGCUGGCCCAGCUGACCAAGCUGGAGCCCAAUAACCGGCAGCUGGAGGUGCUCUAUGACAAGCUGUACGAGAACUUUGUGGAGGAGGUGGACGCGGUGGACAACGGCAUCUCGCAGACGGACGGAGAGGCGCGCUACACCACCACCACCUCGCUGAGCGCCCGCGUGGGACACCUCAACCCCCGCUGGAACAGCAAGACCCAGGACACUGAGGAGGGUUUCCGUAAAGCGUUGGCCAUGGUUGGAGCGGAGUUCUUGGACCGCCUGGAUUACUACCAGCACGCCUGGCUGCCCGCACGCUCUCUCGUGGAGGAGGCUGUCCGCAACAGAACACAGGUGGACCCGAGUGGUGAGGUGGUGGAGUUUUCGCAGGGCGGCUGUCCGUGGAAGGAGCACCUGUUCGCCCUGGAGAAGGAGCUGGAGGUGGCCACGCCCAUCAAGUUCGUCCUCUACGCCGACACGAACGGACAGUGGCGCGUCCAGUGCGUCCCCGCGGGCCUCAACACCUUCCAGAACAGGUUGUCUCUGCUGGAGGAGUGGCGUGGGGUUCGCGACAAUGCCCUCUCUCAGCUGAGUGGUAUCCCCGAGUGCGUGUUUGUUCACGCCAGUGGCUUCAUUGGAGGCAACAAGACCAAGGAAGGAGCCCUGGAGAUGGCCAGGAGAACGCUGCAGGGCGCAGCUAAAAACAACAGCUCCAAUGGUAGCAGCUAAAUUGGCAUCGGACAAGACAAAGUCCAAAACUCAACCAACAUAUUGUUUGUAAUCUACAGGAUGUUCUGUGAGUUAUUGUUUUCCCAUUUUCUAAUAAAAUACCUAAGUAUUCA